GACGGCGGAGGGCCAGCGCCACCGCCGCAGGGGCGCUGGGGCGGCGCUGCUAGCAGCGCUAGGCGCCUGCGCGGCCGGGGCGCUGCUGUCCACGUGCGGGGCCUUCGUGCCGGGCGCCCGCGUGGCGGUAGGAGAGCGGCACGGCUCCGGCCCGCGGCGGCCGCCCGGCCCGCGCACGCGGGGCGCGGCGGCCUCCGCGGCGGCGCCCCUGCCGGAGGACGAGAAGGACCCCGGGGAGUUCCGCUACCUGACGCUGACCUUAUUGCAGCGCGUGCAGAGCAAGGAGGGCGAUGUGGCGGAGGUUGCCGGGGAGGCCGGCGAUUUCAACUUAGAGAAGUUCCGCACACUUUUGUCGAG